AUGAGCUGCAGCCUGCUCCAGAGAAACCCAGACCUGCUCCAGAGAAACCCAGACCUGCUCCAGAGAAAACCAGACCUGCUCCAGAGAAACCCAGACCUGCUCCAGAGAAACCCAGACCUGCUCCAGAGAAACCCAGACCUGCUCAAGAGAAACCCAGACCUGCUCAAGAGAAACCCAGACCUGCUCCAGAGAAACCCAGACCUGCUCCAGAGAAACCCGGACCUGCUCCAGAGAAAGAAACACAGACCUGCUCCAGAGAAACCCAGACCUGCUCCAGAGAAACACAGACCUGUUCCAGAGAAACCCAGACCUGCUCCAGAGAAACCCAGACCUGCUCCAGAGAAACCCGGACCUGCUCCAGAGAAAGAAACACAGACCUGCUCCAGAGAAACCCAGACCUGCUCAAGAGAAACCCAGACCUGCUCAAGAGAAACCCAGACCUGCUCCAGAGAAACCCAGACCUGCUCCAGAGAAACCCGGACCUGCUCAAGAGAAACCCAGACCUGCUCAAGAGAAACCCAGACCUGCUCCAGAGAAACCCAGACCUGCUCCAGAGAAACCCGGACCUGCUCCAGAGAAAGAAACACAGACCUGCUCCAGAGAAACCCAGACCUGCUCCAGAGAAACCCAGACCUGCUCAAGAGAAACCCAGACCUGCUCAAGAGAAACCCAGACCUGCUCCAGAGAAACCCAGACCUGCUCCAGAGAAACCCGGACCUGCUCCAGAGAAAGAAACACAGACCUGCUCCAGAGAAACCCAGACCUGCUCCAGAGAAACACAGACCUGCUCCAGAGAAACCCAGACCUGCUCCAGAGAAACCCGGACCUGCUCCAGAGAAAGAAACACAGACCUGCUCCAGAGAAACCCGGACCUGCUCCAGAGAAAGAAACCCAGACCUGCUCCAGCGAAACCCAGACCAGUUCCAGAGAAACCCAGACCUGCUCAAGAGAAACCCAGACCUGCUCCAGAGAAACCCAGACCUGCUCCAGAGAAACCCGGACCUGCUCCAGAGAAACCCAGACCUGCUCCAGAGAAACCCGGACCUGCUCCAGAGAAAGAAACACAGACCUGCUCCAGAGAAACCCAGACCUGCUCCAGAGAAACACAGACCUGUUCCAGAGAAACCCAGACCUGCUCCAGAGAAACCCAGACCUGCUCCAGAGAAACCCGGACCUGCUCCAGAGAAAGAAACACAGACCUGCUCCAGAGAAACCCAGACCUGCUCAAGAGAAACCCAGACCUGCUCAAGAGAAACCCAGACCUGCUCCAGAGAAACCCAGACCUGCUCCAGAGAAACCCGGACCUGCUCAAGAGAAACCCAGACCUGCUCAAGAGAAACCCAGACCUGCUCCAGAGAAACCCAGACCUGCUCCAGAGAAACCCGGACCUGCUCCAGAGAAAGAAACACAGACCUGCUCCAGAGAAACCCAGACCUGCUCCAGAGAAACCCAGACCUGCUCAAGAGAAACCCAGACCUGCUCAAGAGAAACCCAGACCUGCUCCAGAGAAACCCAGACCUGCUCCAGAGAAACCCGGACCUGCUCCAGAGAAAGAAACACAGACCUGCUCCAGAGAAACCCAGACCUGCUCCAGAGAAACACAGACCUGCUCCAGAGAAACCCAGACCUGCUCCAGAGAAACCCGGACCUGCUCCAGAGAAAGAAACACAGACCUGCUCCAGAGAAACCCGGACCUGCUCCAGAGAAAGAAACCCAGACCUGCUCCAGCGAAACCCAGACCAGUUCCAGAGAAACCCAGACCUGCUCAAGAGAAACCCAGACCUGCUCCAGAGAAACCCAGACCUGCUCCAGAGAAACCCGGACCUGCUCCAGAGAAAGAAACACAGACCUGCUCCAGAGAAACCCAGACCUGCUCCAGAGAAACACAGACCUAGAAACCCAGACCUGCUCCAGAGAAACCCAGACCUGCUCCAGAGAAACCCAGACCUGCUCCAGCGAAACCCAGACCAGUUCCAGAGAAACCCAGACCUGCUCCAGAGAAACCCAGACCUGUUCCAGAGAAACCCAGACCUGCUCCAGAGAAACCCAGACCUGCUCCAGCGAAACCCAGACCUGCUCCAGAGAAACCCAGACCUGCUCCAGAGAAACCCAGACCUGCUCCAGAGAAACCCAGACCUGCUCCAGAGAAACCCAGACCUGCUCCAGAGAAACCCAGACCUGCUCCAGAGAAACCCAGACCUGCUCCAGAGAAACCCAGACCUGCUCCAGAGAAACCCAGACCUGCUCCAGAGAAACCCAGACCUGCUCCAGCGAAACCCAGACCAGUUCCAGAGAAACCCAGACCUGCUCCAGAGAAACCCAGACCUGUUCCAGAGAAACCCAGACCUGCUCCAGAGAAACCCAGACCUGCUCCAGCGAAACCCAGACCUGCUCCAGAGAAACCCAGACCUGCUCCAGAGAAACCCAGACCUGCUCCAGAGAAACCCAGACCUGCUCCAGAGAAACCCAGACCUGCUCCAGAGAAACCCAGACCUGCUCCAGAGAAACCCAGACCUGCUCCAGCGAAACCCAGACCAGUUCCAGAGAAACCCAGACCUGCUCCAGAGAAACCCAGACCUGUUCCAGAGAAACCCAGACCUGCUCCAGAGAAACCCAGACCUGCUCCAGCGAAACCCAGACCUGCUCCAGAGAAACCCAGACCUGCUCCAGAGAAACCCAGACCUGCUCCAGAGAAACCUGCUCCAGAGAAACCCAGACCUGCUCCAGAGAAACCCAGACCUGCUCCAGAGAAACCCAGACCUGCUCCAGAGAAACCCAGACCUGCUCCAGAGAAACCCAGACCUGCUCCAGAGAAACCCAGACCUGUUCCAGAGAAACCCAGACAUGCUCCAGAGAAAGAAACACAGACCUGCUCCAGAGAAACACAGACCUGCUCCAGAGAAACCCAGACCUGCUCCUCCCCCUCCCCUCAGGGUCCUCAGCACCGUCUCCCCCUCCCCUCAGGGCCCUCUGCCCCCUCCCCUCGGGGUCCUCAGCCUGCCCCCCUCCCCUCAUGGUCCUCAACACCGUCCCCCAAACACAGCACUCUUUUGGGGCUGCGACAUCUGUGAGCAGCUGCUGAGACGAGGAUAA